GUGGUAGCAAAAAUGACAAAUUCCUCUUUCUGUAUAUAAACACGCAGGUCUAACUUAGUGGGCUGUUCAUUUACGUUAUAGUAUAUCAUACUUUCCGCAGACGUUGAAACCACAGACAAAAGGCGCAGCUUGUGGGGUGAACAUGUUGCUUCUCUUUUUGCUGCACUUCUCGCAGGUCACAGCAAAUUGUUUCACUGAAAAUUCAGAUGGCGGUAUAAUGCAAACUCCAAAAUUGGCCAUAGUUCGGUCAGGAGGAUCUGUCAGUAUCAGCUGCUUAAUCACAACGGAAAGCGAAAUCUAUGGGGUGAACGUAAUCAGGCAUUUCAGGAGAAUUAUGUACAUCAAUUCUGAAAAUCGCACCAGCAGGGAGCCGGAUUACAAACAUCGUUUGUUAGUGUCAGGGUCAAGUCGGAAUUUUACAGUGACACUAACAAAUCUGACUGAGAGUGACUCGGAUAUUUACCUGUGUAAUGCCGCUGUGAAAAACUUUCAAAAAGAGCCUUGUGGAAAUGGGACGAUCAUUUUUGUACUUUCUGCAGAUCAAUGCCCCAGUACAAGUAAAGAACAAGAACAAACAAGAGAGUCUCUUCUUCUUCUUCCUAUCCUCCUUACUGUUGCUGCUCUCCCGUGCCUGCUCCUUUUGCUGUUGGCAAUUUUCAAGAUCUAUAGGAUUCAGCUGAAGACAGCCCUACAAAAACUUCCCCAAAACUCUGUAUAUAUGGACAUGACACAGACCCGAAGGAACACAAUGAGCAACUCCUACAGUACUGCUUUAGUGGCUUAGUGCGCUUACUUCAUUCCACUCAACAAUGGAUAUGAUAUACUGUAUGAGCAACUAAAAGAAGCAUCACUGGACAGCAGCUUUUGUAGUUAAGCACACACAAGGAUUUAUAAACAGCCGUGCCAUGUAUUAAAUUAAAUGAAUGUCCUUAGAUUAGAACCACAGGAGAAGUGGAGAAAUUCCUGUUUGUGGGUCAGUUCAUGUAAACCAAUGUCAGCUGCGGAAUCCACACAAAAUAUCUGUUUUUGUUAUCUUAAGAGGUGUAAAUAAAAUGUCUGUAGGAUGA